CUAAUGGGCCAGACGUCACUUACCCACUAUUAAUCAGUUAAUCAUAAACGAAUCUACCUGCGGAGGAGCGGUCUGUCUUACGUCCGUCUGUAGCAAAUGUAUAACUGUUUUUCCUGUUUGCAUAUAAAAUGUUUUGAAAUCCUCUAGUGUUUACGAUAGUAGUUGACAUUGCCCGCUCGCGAGAGGAUGUGCCAAUUUAGAAAUUUAUUCGCAUUUAAUAGUGUCUUGUGUUAUUUGGUAUUGUUCAGUGUUACUGGUUAUGCACAAUGGUUGGUGGACGACGAAGGAUGCAGGACACCCGAUGGUGGCGCAGGAAACUGCAUCAAAAUAAAGGAAUGCAAACCCAUCGUUGAUUUCUUACAAGCUGCUCCCUCACCAAUUCCCGAAGAAGUUAGGAUCGUUUUGAAUAAAUACAUCUGUGGCUACGACGAAACCUUUAAAGUGUGUUGUCCGUCAAAACCAAUUCGCAUAAAUUUGCAACUGAAUGACCUCUCGCUGCAAAAUCCACCUCCCCCGCCCGACGUUUCGAACCACAAGAAUUUCAAAUUGUUGCCAGAAGAAUGCGGGUAUUUGGACAGCCCGAAUAAAAUUCGAAACGGGAAAGAUGCAAAUCUGAACGAGUUCCCUUGGAUGGCGCUUCUUUCUUACAAAACGAGUUCUGGGCCUCAGUUUCAGUGCGGUGGAGCAAUAGUGAAUGACAGAUAUAUUCUUACUGCUGCCCACUGUAUAACAAACUUAAUGUCCCCACUAUUAGGUGUACGGGUUGGUGAACACAAGAUUUCUUCAAAAGUAGAUUGUGAAGUGCAAGACGACGGUAACGAAGUUUGCUCACCCCUUCCCGUCCAAGAUCUAGCCAUAGAAGAGGUCAUAGUUCACCCUGGAUAUGACAAAGAGGUUAUAUCUAACGACAUUGGGCUGUUAAGAGUUUCCAAAAUGAACUCGGACGCAGAAAAUGUUAGACCAGUCUGCUUACCUAUUACUGAAGAUACCAGAAAUGCAAGAAUCAGCUAUUGUGUGGUCACAGGUUGGGGCUUUACAGACACAGGUCGAAACGCUGACGUCCUCCAAAAAGUCGACUUACCCAUAAUGAACCUGACGAGUUGCUCUGAGGUUUACAAAUCCGAAAAGAAAGUGAAAUUGUCUUACAAACAGAUCUGCGCCGGAGGGAAGAACAAGAAGGACUCCUGCCCUGGCGACAGUGGCGGCCCCAUGCAAGUGGCUGCGGCAGUAAACGGCGAGCCGAGAUACGUCCAGCAGGGAAUCGUGUCCUUCGGACACAGGUUUUGCGGAACGGAAGGAUAUCCAGGAGUUUACACCCGAGUAGCGUACUACAUGGACUGGAUUCUGGAUAACAUGAAACCUUAAUUAUUGGUUGCUAUUAAGAAAAUAUACGGCGACGUUUCGACAAACUGAUUUUUCUCAUUAAAACAAAUAUGUAAAUAAAAAUAAGAGAGAUUCCUAAGAACUUUACAAUAUUUUAAAGAAUGGAAGUGAAAUGCAGUUUUUAAUUAAUUACACAACUUCAAACUUAAUACAGUGCAGUCUCUUUGCACUUGCUUUCUACGUAUAAAAUUUGAGACAAAACUAAUUGUUGUAUCGUAUUAGAAGAGGUCUGAGGCGUUUCAACUGUCAAAAAAAGUAAUUUAACCUCGUAAAGAAUCUUCUUCUAUACAGAGUGUAAGAAGUUUGACUGCCAUUACUUAUAAAGUAUUCAUAAAUGAACAAGAAAGUUGUGUAUUAUAUUAGCAGUUUUCAAAAUACAGUAAGUAUUAAUAUUGGAGACUUUCAUCACAACGUGACAACAGCGCUUGACCUGCUGAUACACACCACGUGUACAGGUGGCAGACUUGUCCUACGGAAAAAAUGUAAACAGCUAUUAUUGUGGAACAUUUUGUAAAUUUCAAGACAAUUGU